GCCCUUUUCCUAUAAAAUUAAAAAAAGAAUCACAGACGUACAUAUUUUUCUCUAUAUCCUCUCGCCGGCCGGAGAUAUACGUCGCCGGGAAAACGUUAACUCACUCAAGGAACCUCUAUUUAUCCCUAUCGUCUUCGGUGACAAGCUGAUUGGAAGGGUUGAUUUCUCACUUCGAUCUGGAUUCAUACGUUUUUUUUUGGGUUUUUAAUCUGUGCAGCGGCGACAAGUGAAUGGAGGAUUACGGGAGCAGUGACGAAGAUACAUAUUCGUCUGAUCAAGAAUCUUAUGACGGACUCGAGAAUGAAGAGACUGAUUCUCAAUGGGGCUCUUCCACGGGAAACUCCUGCAAGGUAAUCACAAGGGAGUCUCUUUUGGUGGCACAGAGAGAAGAUUUGCGGAGAGUGAUGGACUUGCUCUCACUAAGAGAACACCAUGCAAGAACCUUGCUCAUUCACUAUCGUUGGGAUGUCGAGAGGUUGUUUGCGAUUCUUGUUGAAAAGGGAAAGACUUGCUUAUUUGCUGAAGCAGGGGUAACUAUUCUUGAAGAAAUUGAUGUUGACUCGUCUGUGUCUUCUUCGACUAUGAUGUGCGGCAUAUGCAUGGAAGAGGUAGCAGGGAGUGAAGUCACGAAAAUGGACUGUGGCCACUGCUUCUGCAAUGACUGUUGGACAGAGCAUUUUAUUGUAAAAAUAAAGGAGGGUCAGAGUAAGAGAAUAAGGUGCAUGGCUCAUAAAUGCUUUGCUAUCUGUGAUGAAGCUGUUAUCAGAAAGCUAGUUAGUAAAAGGCAUCCUGAUUUGGCAGAGAAAUUUGAUCGGUUUCUCCUUGAAUCAUACAUUGAGGACAAUAAAAUGGUGAAAUGGUGUCCAAGUAUCCCUCAUUGUGGGAAUGCUAUUCGAGUAGAGACCGAUGAGUUCUGUGAAGUAGAAUGUUCAUGUGGUUUACAGUUCUGUUUCAGUUGCUUAUCAGAAGCACAUUCACCUUGUUCUUGCUGGAUGUGGGAACUUUGGACCAAGAAGUGCCGAGACGAAUCCGAGACUGUUAACUGGAUUACAGUUCACACUAAGCCUUGUCCAAAGUGUCAUAAGCCGGUCGAGAAGAAUGGAGGUUGCAACUUAGUUAGCUGCAUUUGUGGGCAAGCAUUUUGUUGGCUAUGUGGUGGAGCUACUGGCCGAGAUCAUACUUGGUCAAGUAUCGCUGGUCACAGCUGUGGUCGUUAUAAGGAAGAUCAGGAGAAGAAGUCUGAACGGGCUAAGCGUGAUCUCUAUCGCUACAUGCAUUAUCACAAUCGUUAUAAAGCUCAUACGGAUUCUUUUACACAGGAGUCUCGUCUGAGGGAGACCAUAAAAGAAAAGGUAGCAAAUUUAGAAUCAAGGGAUUCAAGAUUGAGAGACUUUAGUUGGGUUACAAAUGGACUUUACAGGCUGUUCAGAUCAAGACGGGCUCUCUCAUUUUCAUACCCAUUUGCAUUUUAUAUGUUUGGUGAUGACUUAUUUAAGGAUGAAAUGACAAAUGAGGAAAAGGAAAUAAAACAGCAUUUAUUUGAGGACCAGCAACAGCAGCUUGAGGCAAAUGUUGAAAAGUUAUCAAAAGUUUUUGAGGAUCCAUUUGAUAGUUUUGAAGAGACAGAGAUUAUGGAAAUGAGGAUGCAAGUCUUGAAUCUCUCUGUGGUAACUGAUAAACUAUGUAAGAAAAUGUAUGAAUGCAUCGAGACUGAUUUAUUGGGAGCUCUACAGUUUAGUAGUCACAAUAUAGCUCCGUACCAGUCAAAGGGCAUUGAGAGAGCAACAGAGCUUAAUGGAGGCCGGAACGCCAAAGCAAACAACAACAUUACAUGUCAAAAAGCCCAUGACCAGACAAAUGGAGGUUCCAUAGAAUUGGUUCAUCCAUCAGGUUGUGGGACAUCAGAUGAGAGUGGAUGCUCCUCAAGGAAGCGUACAAGAGAGGAUUCCGGUGGUAGCUUUUUCGAUCUUAACUUGCCUGCUGAGCUCAUUGAUAGGAAUUGACCUUAUUGAGUUGCUAGUUAUUUUGAACCAAGUGUACAGCUCUGAAAAAAAGAAAAAAAAAGACAAAGCUAUUCUCAGAGAGUUGAGAUGAUAGUUUAACAGGUGAUUGCAUUUCACUGCGUCAUUCUAUUCUGUUCUUCAAAUUUUUUGAGAUGCCCUGUUAGAGGAUAAAAAAUACCUUAAAAUAUAGUUAGUUUUGGUCCAGAUUUCAAAUGUAUAGCCUUUAUUUGGCUUCUUUGGGCUAGGUAGUUAUGUAUUUUCUUACUGUCCCUUCCCUCACCCCCAUGUGAGCACUCUAAAACGGGCAAUGCUUCCUUUGAACUUUUGGUUUCAUGUCCAUUAUGGGAAAUAUAUUUGGUAGAAUUUCUACAUCA